CUUACAUACACACCAGAUAUAGUAUUCCAUAAUCCCUGGAAAUAAAAAUCAAUAUCGUCAGUUUCAGUCAAUGAAUGGCGCGACAAAUCAUAACCAGAUCGACAAGCAAAUCAGUUUCUCAGAAUUUAAUACUCCAAUAACCAACUUGCAAAAAAUAAUCCAAAAAUCACAUGCUUUCAAACUUAGCCUCCUCAACUGGAUUCAUAUGUGUCUUAUGCUCAAGACUUCUUCUUUUCACUAGUACUAGCUAGCUGUACAUAUCCUCCCUCAAUGGCGCUUGUAGAGAAAAGAUGGAAGGGAAUAAUGGUCUAGUAGAAGAAAGAGACAUGAGACAUAGAAGAGAAGAACAGUAUACAGAAGAUGGUAGUGUGGAUCUCAAAGGAAGACCUGUUCUUAGAUCUAAAGGUGGAAGAUGGAAAGCUUGUUGGUUUAUCGUCGGGUACGAGACAUUCGAAAGAAUGGCAUAUUACGGGAUUUCAUCGAAUUUGGUUCUGUACUUAACCAGAAAGUUGCAAGAAGGUACUGUUAAAUCAGCAAAUAAUGUGACAAAUUGGGUCGGUACUGUGUGGAUGACCCCAAUCAUAGGUGCAUAUGUUGCUGAUGCUCAUCUUGGUAGAUACUGGACUUUCCUCAUAUCCGCUGCCAUUUAUCUCCUGGGGAUGUGCCUGCUUACUCUAGCAGUUUCAGUGCCAGGAUUAAAGCCAGACGGAGAGCCAACAAAUUUCCAGCUAAAAUUCUUUUAUGCUGCACUAUAUGUAAUUGCAAUAGGUACUGGAGGCACCAAACCAAACAUCUCCACAAUGGGUGCAGACCAAUUCGACGAUUUUGAACCUAAAGAGAGGGAACAAAAGUUAUCAUUCUUCAAUUGGUGGAAUUUUAGCAUCUUCUUUGGAACCCUUGGUGCUAAUACCUUUGUGGUAUAUAUUCAAGACAAUGUAGGUUGGGCACUCGGUUAUGGCCUUCCUACACUUGGACUAGCCAUUUCAAUUUUGGUAUUCUUGGUUGGAACACCAUUUUACAGGCACAAAAUUGUCACAGGAAGCCCCUUCACUAAACUAGCUAAGGUUUUUGUUGCUACUGUCAAGAAUUUGAGGGUACCGUAUCCCAGUGACCCGAAAGAGCUCCAUGAGGUUAGCAUGGACGAGUAUACGAAAGGAAAAUUCAGGAUUGAUCACACCUCUUCGCUAAGGAUUUUGGACAAAGCCGCUAUAAAGACUAACGGUUCUAGCGGAUCGUGGUCGCUGUCUACAGUAACCCAAGUGGAAGAAACCAAGCAAAUGAUGAAGAUGCUUCCGAUUCUUAUCACUUCAUUCAUACCAAGCGUCAUGUAUGCACAAAUAAACACACUUUUCGUCAAGCAAGGUACAGUCCUAGACAGAAGCAUGGGUCCGAAUUUCGAUAUCCCUCCGGCGUGUCUGACUGCAUUCGUUACAAUUUCAAUGUUAAUAUCUCUAGUGGUACAUGACCGUUGGGUUGUGCCAUUGUUUCGAAGAUAUACGAAAGAUCCUAGAGGGAUAUCGUUGUUGCAGAGAAUGGGAGCUGGCUACUUCUUCCAUAUUCUUGUCAUGGUUACCGCUGCAUUAUGUGACCGGAAGAGAUUGAGUGUAGCAAGGGAACAUGGUAUUGAUGCUAAAGGUGAAAUUGUCCCGUUAACCAUAUUCAUACUACUACCUCAGUUCGUCUUGAUGGGGAUCGCUGACGCUUGCGUGUUGGUUUCACAACUCGAAUUCUUUUAUGAUCAAGCACCGGAAGGCAUGAAAAGUGUCGGGACUACGUAUUUUACUACUAGUCUCGGAAUCGGAAACUUCUUAAGUAGUUUGUUUCUGUCAACAAUGGCAGAUAUUACCAAGAAAGAUGGUCAGGAAGGAUGGAUCAGAAAUAACUUGAAUCAGUCGCACUUCGACUAUUACUACUGGUUUCUUGCGGUUCUGAAUGUGCUUAACUUAAUUGCUUUCUUGAUCGCUACAAAAUACUAUGUCUAUAAUGUUGACGUUAUGGAUUUAAAGAAGGAAGAGAUGGAGAACGGUAAGGAGUUGUUGGCAGGUAAUGGGAAUUCACGAGAAAAAUAAGUUAUCGGUUAAAGGAAAUUUGUAAGUAUCAUAUACACUGCAUUACGAAGGGAAAUGUUUUAGGCUCUCGGUUCUUUAGAUUUUCUUUCUUCAAAUGAGAAACCUGUAUGAUUUGAUUUGAUUGUUUUUUAAAAUGUAAAUGAAUUUUACUAGAGUAAGUAAAUUCAGUAGAUGCCUUCGACUAGGCUGCUUCA